AUGGCGGGACUGGCAGCUGCAGAGGUGAAGGAGAUGGAGACGAAGCGCGAUCUGUCAAUCCUGCAGAGCGGCCGUCCCGUCCCGGGGUGCCGGAACACGCGCGAGCUACUCGAGGCUCACGAGAAGGUCACCGGCGGGAAGCCGUACUUCCGCUUCCCUCCGGAGCCGAAUGGCUUCCUGCACAUUGGCCAUGCCAAGAGCAUGAACCUCAACUUCGGCAGCGCACGCGCGCACGGCGGCAAGUGCUAUCUGCGCUACGACGAUACGAAUCCCGAGUCGGAGGAUCAGGUCUACAUUGAUGCCAUCAUGGAGAUGGUGGACUGGAUGGGGUGGAAACCGGACUGGGUCACCUUCUCCUCCGACUACUUUGACCAGCUGCACGCCUUCGCCGUCCAGCUCAUCAAGGAUGGGAAGGCCUACGUCGAUCACAGCACGCCGGACGAGCUGAAACAGCAGCGAGAGCAGCGCGAGGACAGUCCGUGGCGCAACCGCAGCGUCGAGCAGAAUCUGCUCCUCUUCAAGCACAUGCGCCAGGGCCGCUACGCCGAGGGCGAGGCGACGCUUCGCGUGAAGGCCGAUAUGAAGAGCGACAACCCGAACAUGCGCGACUUCAUUGCGUACCGCGUCAAGUACGUCGAGCACCCGCACAUCAAGGACAAGUGGUGCAUCUACCCAAGCUACGACUUCACCCACUGCCUCAUUGACUCGCUCGAGGACAUUGACUACAGCCUGUGCACGCUGGAGUUCGAGACGCGCCGCGAGAGCUACUUCUGGCUUCUGAGCGAGCUCAACCUGUGGCGUCCGCACGUGUGGGAGUUCAGCCGCCUCAACGUAACGGGCUCGCUGCUCUCGAAGCGUAAGAUCAACGUGCUGGUGCGCAAGGGCAUUGUCCGCGGGUUUGACGACCCCCGUCUGCUCACCCUUGCCGGCAUGCGUCGCCGCGGGUACACUCCGGCCGCCAUCAACCGCUUCUGUGAGCUAGUUGGUAUCACCCGCUCCAUGAAUGUAAUUCAGAUCAGCAUGCUGGAGAACACCCUGCGCGAGGACCUCGACGAGCGCUGCGAGCGCCGGCUGAUGGUGAUUGACCCAAUCAAGGUGGUGGUGGACAACUGGAAGGGUGAGCAGAUCUUCGAGUGUCCGAACCACCCGCGCAAGCCUGAGCUCGGUAGCCGCGCCUUGACAUUUACGGACACCUUCUAUGUCGACCGCAGCGACUUUCACGCAGAGGACAACAACAACAAGUUCUACGGACUCGCCCCCGGCCCACGCGUGGUGGGCCUCAAGUACUCAGGCAACGUCGUGUGUAAGAGCUUCGAGGUGGACGCCAAGGGACAGCCGAUGGUAAUUCAUGUAGACAUCGACUUCGAGCGCGAGGACAAGCCGAAGACAAACAUCUCCUGGGUGAGCGCGACGGCAUGCACGCCGGUGGAGGUGCGCUUGUACAAUGCGCUCCUAAAAGACGACCGUGCCGCCAUUGAUCCCGAGUUUCUCAAGUUCAUCGACGAGAACAGCGAGGUGGUAUCGAACGGGUACGCGGAGAAGGGCGUCGAGAACUUCAAGCACUUCGAGUCGAUCCAGGUGGAACGCUUCGGGUACUUUGUCGUCGACCCUGAUACCACGGCCGACCACCUCGUCAUGAACCGAGUGCUGGGGCUGCGCGAGGAUAAGGGCAAGGCCACCGUUGCCGAGCCGGUGCCUGCGAAGAGGAAGUAG